AUGGUAAUGCAGUUUCAGGGGCUGGAAAAUCCAAUUCAAAGUAGUCCUUAUCAUAGCAACACAGCAUCAGGAUUCGUCAUGGAGAUGAUGGGCAUGAAGCCUGCUAAAGGUUUCUUCAGAAGAAGCAUUACCAAAAACGCUGUGUACAAGUGUAAAAAUGGGGGCAACUGUGUGAUGGACAUGUACAUGCGAAGGAAGUGUCAAGAGUGUCGACUAAGGAAAUGCAAAGAAAUGGGAAUGUUGGCUGAAUGUAUGUAUACAGGCUUGUUAACUGAAAUUCAGUGUAAAUCUAAACGACUGAGAAAAAAUGUGAAACAGCAUGCAGAUCAGCCCGUUAAUGAAGACAGCGAAGGACGGGACUUGAGACAAGUGACCUCUACAACUAAGUCGUGCAGGGAGAAAACUGAACUCACCCUAGACCAACAGAAUCUUCUACAUUAUAUUAUGGAUUCAUAUAGCAAACAGAGGAUGCCUCCAGAAAUAGCAAAUAAAAUUUUAAAAGAAGAGUUCAGUGCAGAAGAAAAUUUUCUCAUUUUAACUGAAAUGGCUACUACUCAUGUACAGACUCUUGUUGAAUUCACAAAAAGGCUGCCAGGAUUUCAGACUUUGGACCAUGAAGAUCAGAUUGCUUUGCUGAAAGGUUCUGCAGUUGAAGCUAUGUUUCUCCGUUCCGCUGAGAUUUUCAAUAGGAAACUUCUAGCUGGACAUUCUGACCUACUGGAAGAAAGAAUUCGAAACAGUGGUAUCUCUGAUGAAUAUAUAAAGCCUAUGUUUAGUUUUUACAAAAGUGUUGGAGAAUUGAAAAUGACUCAAGAAGAGUAUGCUUUGCUUACAGCAAUUGUUAUCCUCUCUCCAGACAGACAAUACAUAAAGGAUAGAGAAGCAGUAGAGAAGCUGCAAGAACCACUGCUUGAUGUGCUACAAAAGCUGUGCAAGAUUUAUCAGCCUGAAAAUCCUCAACACUUUGCAUGUCUCCUGGGUCGCUUGACUGAAUUGCGGACAUUCAACCAUCACCAUGCAGAGAUGCUGAUGUCAUGGAGAGUGAAUGAUCACAAGUUUACACCACUUCUCUGUGAAAUCUGGGACGUGCAGUGAUGAGGGUGCAAGGAAUGGGGGGUACUCUUUAUUUCCCUCAUAAUAGAAAUCCAAUGUAUAACUUUCCUUUAUUUCAUUUGUACCUGGUUCCACCUAAGAAUCUUGACGUAUAUUUAUGUAGU